AUUACAAAUUGAGAGGAGGGCAGAAUUUUUGAAAUGGCACAGGCGCCAGAAACUAAAAGUGAAAAUGCACCAACCGCAAGUUCGGUCAUGCAGGGCGAGCGCACUAAGGCCCUGGUUAACUACCGCCGUAAGCUGAUGGGGCACCGCCAGACUGAGGCUCGCUUGAAGGGACUUCGUGACAAGCAAAAGGUGCUGAAGGUCGAAUACGAGAAGUCGGAGGGUGACCUGGAGGCACUGCAGAGCGUUGGCCAGAUGCUGGCAGAUGUUAUCCAGCAGUUGACUCCGGACACCUUCAUUGUCAAGUCGUCGAACGGGCCGCGCUACAUCGUCGGGUGCAGACGUCAGAUCAACAAAUCGCACUUAAGGGCUGGCACACGGGUCGCCCUGGAUCUUACCACGCUGACCAUCAUGCGGUACUUGCCACGCGAGGUCGAUCCUCUGGUGUACAACAUGGUUCACGAGGAUCCAGGCGACGUGAAUUACAGCGAGAUUGGUGGCCUGGGCGAGCAGAUACGGCAGCUCCGCGAAGUAAUCGAGCUGCCACUGCUGAACCCGGAGCUUUUUCUGCGCGUGGGUAUCAACCCGCCGAAGGGCUGCCUGCUUUACGGGCCACCUGGAACAGGUAAGACCCUGAUGGCACGUGCCAUCGCCUCCCAGAUGGACGCUAACUUCCUGAAGGUGGUUUCCUCGGCGAUUGUCGACAAGUACAUAGGGGAAAGUGCGCGCCUGAUACGCGAGAUGUUCUCCUAUGCCCGCGACCAUCAGCCGUGCAUCAUAUUCAUGGAUGAAAUCGACGCUAUUGGAGGGCGCCGCUUCUCCGAGGGGUCCUCCGCCGAUCGCGAAAUCCAGCGCACUCUCAUGGAGCUGCUCAACCAAAUGGAUGGCUUCGACUCGCUUGGCCAAGUGAAGAUGAUUAUGGCCACGAAUCGUCCGGAUACUCUCGACCCGGCCCUUUUACGUCCAGGCCGCUUGGACCGCAAGCUUGAGAUCCCUCUUCCCAAUGAAGUGGCACGCAUGGACAUACUCAAGAUACACGCAGGACCGCUCUCCAAGCAGGGCGUGAUAGACUACGAGGCCAUUGUAAAGCUCUCCGACACGUUCAACGGUGCCGACCUGCGCAACACAUGCACUGAGGCUGGACUGUUUGCCCUUCGCGCCGAACGUGAGUUCAUUCUGCAGGAGGACUUCAUGAAGGCGGUGCGCAAAAUUGCCGGCAACAAGAAGCUGGAAUCAAAAUUGGACUACAAGCCUAUUUAAGGACAAAAUUUGCAAAAUUUUCACCACUCCUUGAAUUCAAAAUUAUGUAUAGAUGAAUUAAAUAUGUCUAAU